ACUAAACUAUCGAUAACGUCUACUCGAAUAGCAGGCCUCGGCUAAUAUUAUUAAGAUUUUGUGAAAAUUGUGAAAGCAUAAAAGAUGAAAGAACAGCCGCUUAAAGAAGUUACCCAAUUAAUCCAUGCCAUCAAAGUGGGAAUGGUGGAGGGCUCCUAUAGCAUAACCAACAAGACUUUGGACAUAUUCAAGUAUAUUAUCAUGAGCAAGAGUUGGGAGAAUGCGGAUGCCCUUAUGCAGAUAGUACGUGCCCAAUGCCGAAUACUACAAGCUGCCCUGCCCCAAGAGACAGUCACCGCCAACAUUGCCCGACGCAUCUUGAAAUUGAUCCGCGAGGAAUUCGACCUCCUACAUGCAAAGGUCCAGCACUUUGCGGAUGAUUCGCAGGCUUCGCUUUCGCUGCACAAGCUCGUCACCCAGACUAGUGAGACCAAUAUAUGCGUGGAUUAUUCUCUGCCACAGAAAGGACUGCGUGAAGCACUGCUAGAUCAUUUGCAGGAGGUGGAAACGGAGCUGGAAACGAGUUCGGAAAAUGUCUGUGUCCAGGCCGAAGAGCAUAUACACUCCUCAGAGAUAAUACUCACAUUGGGCCACUCACGAAGUGUGGAAAAUUUUCUGAAAAGAGCCAUCAAGAAGCGCCAGUUCCUAACCAUUAUUGUGGCUGAAUGUGCUCCGGCAUGCAGGGGUCACAAUCUUGCCGCCAGUUUAGCCAAUGAAAAGAAAGUGGAACUCAUUGUUAUACCCGAUGCGGCAAUUUUCGCCAUGAUGUCCCGUGUUAACAAGGUGAUAAUCGGUACACACAGUGUCCUAGCCAAUGGUGGUCUUCGGGCAGCCUGUGGAGCAUAUACAGUUGGUCUGGCAGCCAAACACUAUUCCGUGCCCGUCAUUGUCUUGGCCCCCAUGUAUAAACUGAGUCCACUCCAUCUAUGCGAACAGGAUGCCUUCAAUAUGGUGGGCUGUGCCGAGGAUGUGAUAGAUUACGAUUCAUUGGCUGCUCGUGAGGCAAAAGUCUACAGUCCCAUGUUUGAUUAUGUGCCUCCCGAAUUGGUCACCCUGUUCAUAUCAAAUAACGGUGGUCAUGCCCCAUCUUAUGUGUACCGCCUGCUCACCGAAUUGUAUCAUCCAGAGGAUUUGGAAAUCUAGUGUAAAAAUGCUUUUGUCUUUAUUUUGGUUUGGUUUCUUCUGCUUUUGUUUGCAACAAAUAAAAAGUUGAAAUCAAUUGGCUAAUCAAAAUUAUUAAAUGUGCCUUGUCUAGAAUUUUAAA